AUGGCGGACCAGGAAUCGGACAUGGAGUACUCGUCCGACAACGACUACGAGUUCGAGGAUUACUACAACUCAGGCGACGAUUGUGACAUCGAACAGAUCGAUCCGAAGCGUACAGAUCCGGAAUACUUCGUGUACGAGUGUCUAAACGUUGAAGAAGUCGAGAAACUGCUGAACGAGUCGGUGGAGAAGCUAAGCACGCAGCUACAAAUUACGCCAUCCCUCGCGAAGGUGCUGCUACAUGAAACCCGCUGGAACACGAUCGAAGUGAUCGAACGGUACCGGAAUAAUGCCUCCAAUCUGCUGGUGAGCGCUCGCAUUAAGGCGGCAGCACCUGCUCCAUCGAUACCGACAUCGGCCAUCGCCACCAACCAGGCUGCUGUUCCGUCCACAUCCUCGGGAGCGUCCUGUUCGUUUGUGGCUUCCGUCGUCCCUAGUUCCUCGGUAGGCCCACUUCCAGGACCCAGCACUAGCUCCAGUAUCAACAGUAGUAGUAGUAGUAGUAGUAGUAGUAGUAGCGUUAAAUCCCAUCACGUCGUUAGUGCACAUCACGUGCCGGUUGGAGGGACGUCCUGCUGUUAUCGUACCCAGCUUUGUCCGGUGUGUGUGACCGUACAGUCGACCGACAAGUUCCACAGCCUGUCCUGUCAGCAUUCGUUCUGUCGGGAUUGCUGGGCGAUGCACUUUGAGAUUCAGAUCGGGCAGGGCAUCUCGACGCAGAUUGAGUGCAUGGAGCAGCGGUGUGAUGUGCGCGUGCCGGAGGAUCUCGUCCUGACGCUGCUUAACCGGCCGAUGUUGCGCGAUAAGUACCAGCAGUUCACGUUCGCUGACUACGUUAAAUCACAUCCGGAGCUGCGUUUCUGUCCCGGUCCCAACUGUCAGACGAUCAUCCGCAGCCAGAACAUCAGCCCGAAGAAGGCCGUCUGCCGGUCGUGCAAAAGCGCAUUUUGCUUCCGAUGUGGAACCGAUUACCACGCACCAACCGACUGCCAGAUCAUCCGCAAGUGGCUGACCAAGUGUGCGGAUGACAGCGAAACGGCCAACUACAUCAGCGCGCACACGAAGGACUGCCCGAAGUGUCACAUUUGCAUCGAGAAGAACGGGGGAUGCAAUCACAUGCAGUGCUUUAACUGCAAGCAUGAUUUCUGUUGGAUGUGUCUCGGCGAUUGGAAGGCGCACGGUUCGGAAUACUACGAGUGUUCGCGGUACAAGGAAAAUCCCAACAUCGCUCACGAGUCGGUGCACGCGCAGGCGCGGGAAGCGUUGAAGAAGUAUCUGCACUACUACGAACGGUGGGAAAAUCACUCAAAAUCGCUCCAGCUUGAGCAGCAAACGCUCGAUCGGUUGAAGACACGCAUUAACGAGAAGGUAAUGAAGGGACUCGGCACCUGGAUCGAUUGGCAGCAUCUGUUUGAUGCCGCGACCCUGCUGGCCAAGUGCCGGUACACGCUGCAGUACACCUACCCGUACGCGUACUACAUGGAAUCGCGGAAGGAACUGUUCGAGUACCAGCAGGCCCAGCUGGAAGCGGAAAUUGAGAACCUGUCGUGGAAGGUGGAACGCGCUGAGACAACCGAUCGGGGUGAGCUCGAGAACCAGAUGGACAUUGCCGAAAAGCGACGCACGACAUUGCUGAAGGAUUUCUUCCCGACGGAGGUGUAAACAAGAGAAAGCGAGGGUUUAGGUGCGCAGGGCGCGAAAUGACUACUAGCCGUUACGAGCCGUUGUACAGCGUGUAAGGGAGAGUAGGUUUAGGGAUUCGGAACUCCUUCCGCGAUGUGGAGAGAGGGAGCAAGAGAGAGAGAGAGAGAGAGAGAGAGAGAGAGGGAGAGAAGGUGCCCGUAAAGAAGCUACUAGAAAAAUAGGAAAACGAAAUAACACUAAACAACAAAAAAAGACACUCGAGAUCUUCAGCAGCCUCAGCGAGCGAGUGAGCACGCAACUACGAGCAGCAUCCAUUAGUGAAUAGGCUAAGCUAGGCUUAAGGAACGAAGCCAGGAGACUACGAAGGAGCUACGUAUGCUCCAAAACCGCCGAUCCUUACGGGAGAGCAUGGGACGCGUGUCGAUUGUGAAUCGUGGAUUGUGCGCGUGUGUGCGAUGAGUGCAAACGUGACAAAAGGAUUUGAUUGCGUAAUAGAGCUUUGCAAACUAAAACAGCCAAUCACACUAACAGCACACCACUGCCCGUGCAAUCAGUAACGAUGGUAAUUUCCCUGAUGGCCGUGCUUGGGAAGACUCAGCUACACAGCUAGGUGCUGCAGGAUAAUGCGCUUAGCAGGAACGGCAAACGGCACACGCAUAUACACACGUUUACGCGAGCUGCAUAUAGUCGCGAUCUGUUGCUGUCGUCGUAUCGAUGUCCUGCCGACCCCGUAUCAGUAUCGUUGUAGAUAGAUGAUGAUUAUAAACAAGGACACACCCGCGCGCAUACACACAUACAUAACACACCACUAGCCUAUAUGAUAAUUGGUGCGAACGCGUGUGAUCCUCCCAUACACGCCGCUCAGCUGGUGAGAGCAGGAUGCUGUAUGUGUGCAGGAGCGUGCGUUGGGUGUGAUGAGACGUACGGGAGAUAAGGAGACGUUUAAAGUGCAGUUGGAAAACCUCUCACAGCAAUACGAACGAAAAUAUACGAUGUCGUAACAUGGCAAUCCUCGCUA